GGGCAUCAAGGUGGAGGGGGUGCAUCCGAAUUGGCGGUACCCGGAACACCUUCUGCAAUGCAUGAUGCGCAAAGUCCUGCAUUUUUCCAUAUGACACCACAAGCAGAGCGUCUUCCUGGGACGCUGGGUCUGGGUCUGCACGCUGGCGUGGCGAAUUCCAGCA